AUGGGUCUUCUUGAAACCCUGAAAGACUGGGACUGGGACUUUGACCAUAGACUACAUGGGGUUGGCUUAAAGAUCUCUGGUAGUAUAACUCUAGUGCAUAUGCUUCCCCAGAUAUCUAGUUCUUGUUCAUCCAAGAUGUAUCGCACAACCAAUCUCUUGGUCACCCUCAUCAUCCUAAGCAUCACUUCAUUUUCACAAGUGGUGCAUGCACUAGCACUACAACCCCAGUAUGCCCAUGGCGGUGGCUGCAUCCCUGCCGAGAGGGCCGCCUUGCUUGCCUUCCAGAAGGGGAUCACAAGUGACGGCGCUGAUAUCCUCGCCUCGUGGGAAGGGUAUGAUUGCUGUCGGUGGAGGGGCAUCAGCUGCAGCAACCGAACAGGCCAUGUCAUCAAGCUUCACCUUCGCAAUACGUUUCCGGGCCCUGACGCCUAUAACUACAAUGGGUGUGAUGAUGCCAAUUCAUUGUUCGGCAAGAUAAGUCCCUCUCUGCUUUCCUUGAAGAAUCUAGAGCACAUGGAUCUUAGCAUGAACUGUUUGCUAGGGCCAAAUAGCCAUAUUCCUCAGUUUUUGGGAUCCAUGGAUAACUUGAGAUACCUUAACCUCUCUGGCAUUCCAUUUACCGGUGGAGUUCCUUCUCAGCUUGGUAACUUGUCUAAGUUGCAACAUCUUGACCUUGGCGAGGGUUAUUCCGGGAUGUACUCAGCGGACAUCACUUGGUUAGCAAAGCUACCCUCGCUGCGGUAUCUUAGUAUGAGCACAAUAAAUCUCUCAAGGAUAGCUGACUGGCCUCGUCCCUUGAAUAUGAUUCCAUCACUGAGAGUUAUCAAUCUUGCUGGAUGCUCACUUGAUACUGCAAGUCAAUCGCUUCCCUACCUUAACCUCACAAAACUUGAGAAGCUUGAUUUGUCCUCGAAUAAUCUAGGCCACUCAAUUGCAUCAAGUUGGUUUUGGAAAGUGACGAGCCUCAAAUAUCUCAGCCUUCGUGCGACUCAGUUAUUUGGAAAUUUUCCGGAUGCACUAGGAAACAUGACAUCACUCAAGGUACUUGAUUUGGCAUUCAACAAUUUGAAUAAGACUGAAAACCUUCAAAGUCUUCUUAAAAACCUUUGCUGCUUGGAAAUCCUCGACCUCUCUAAAAAUGUUAUGAAUGGAAAUAUAGUGGCGGUGAUGGAGGGGUUGCCGGAAUGCGCACAGGAAAAGUUGCUAGAGCUGCAUUUCAGUGAAAACAAUUUCAUCAGGACCUUGCCAAAUUUUAUAGGGGAAUUCAGCAGCUUGAGCAUGCUUGACCUGUCCAGAAACAACCUUGCUGGACCUAUACCGCCAGGGCUUUGGAAUUUGACCCGUCUAGCCAUCCUUGAUCUCAGCUGGAAUCAACUCAACGGGAACGUACCAACUGAAAUUUCUUCUCUGAAGAAUCUGGUUUCUCUAAGACUAAGCAACAACAGACUUGGUGGUGCAAUCACAGAAGGACACUUUGCAAAUUUAAAAAGUUUAAAGAAAAUAGACUUGUCUUCCAAUAAUUUGAAGAUUGCACUGGAUUCAGAUUGGCUUUCUCCCUUUAGGCUACAGUCUGGAGAUUUUGCAUCUUGCCAAAUAGGGCCUUUAUUUCCAGCUUGGCUUCAGCAGCUGCGGGGAAUCGAUUCACUUAACAUUUCAAACACUGGUUUAGUGGACAAAUUUCCUGAUUGGUUCUGGUAUACAUUUUCACGGGCAACUGAUCUCGACAUCUCUAACAACCAAAUAAGUGGCACCUUGCCAGCACAUCUGGAUGGCAUGGCUUUGGAAAAACUCCACCUAGGUUCAAACCGGCUCACCGGGUCAAUGCCUUCGUUGCCUGCAAAUAUUACUUGGUUAGACAUCUCCAAUAAUAACUUUUCAGGAGUAAUACCAUCCAAUUUUGAAGCCUCCCGACUUCAAAUCUUGAUUGUCUAUUCAAAUCGAAUUGGUGGGUACAUUCCCGAAUCUAUUUGCAAACUGCAACAGUUAGUGUAUCUGGAUUUGUCAAACAAUUUUUUGGAGGGUGAAAUUCCUCAAUGUUUUGACAUCAAAAAACUACAGUUUCUUCUGCUCAGUAACAACAGUUUAUCAGGAAAAUUCCCAACAUUUUUGCAGAACAACACUGCUAUGGUGUUUUUGGACCUUGCAUGGAAUAAGUUGUCUGGAAGAUUGCCUACAUGGAUAGGAGAUCUGGGGAAAUUAAGAUUUGUACUACUGUGCCACAAUGCAUUUUGUGAUAAUAUUCCGGUCGAAGUAACAAGGCUCAGGAAUCUUCAAUACUUGGAUCUAUCAGCCAAUAAUUUCUCUGGUGCAAUACCUUGGCAUCUAUCAAACCUGACAUUUAUGAGAAGGAUACAAAAGGAAUUCAUGGGUAUAUAUGACACAUAUAAUGCAUCCGCGCGCAUUGGCGAGAUGGGAGCUGGUCACCUGGGAGAAAUAUUGCCAGUAGUAACAAAAGGACAUCAACUUUUAUAUGGUGGAGCAAUUGUUUAUGUUGUGAGCAUCGAUCUAUCAGACAACUCCUUGACCGGUGAAAUCCCUACACACAUCACUUCCCUUGCCGAGCUCAUGAAUUUGAACCUGUCAUCGAACAAAUUGAGCGGACAAAUCCCAAACAUGAUCGGGGCCAUGCGGUCACUGGAAUCGCUCGACCUCUCUGAGAACAAGCUCUCUGGUGAAAUCCCAUGGAGCUUGUCAAGCCUGACGUAUUUGUCCGCCCUUAACCUGUCCUACAACAAUUUGUCCGGAAGGAUACCUUCUGGCCCGCAACUUGACACCCUCAUCUCGGACAACAUAUACAUCGGCAACAGCGGGCUUUGUGGGCCUCCUCUCAGCAGAAGUUGUUCAGGAAAUAAUUCUUCCAUCAUUCAUGGUGACGUCGGAAGCAGCAAGCAAGAGCUUGUUCCACUAACCUUUUAUUUCGGCCUUGUGCUGGGACUUGUGGUGGGGCUCUGACAUGUCGCGUGCCGUCCAUGGAGAAUGCCAUGUGAUGAUCCGGCGGUGACAUCAUAGAAGAAGCAAGUAUGAUAAUUAUUGCAUGUAGUAUGUAUUAGCAUAAAUAUAUCCAUGAUAAGUUCUUUUCAUGAUAAACACUUCGGGUGGUUUGAGGGGGCAAAGUACUUGUAUUGUAAGACGUGUGGGUAUGGACUAAUACAGAAUCUAGUCGCUUAAAUAAUGUUGCUUGAUGUAAUACGUGCUGGUUCAGCAGGUAGGCAGGUACUUGGAGACCUCACUAGGCAAGAAGCCAAUCAGGUUAAAGUGACCAGUCAUGGGCGUGCCGUCCUUGUUGCCCUGGCUGGCAUAUCGGGCGAAGGAUCGCAGCGCCUUCUUCCUCGUGUCCACCUAUAUCAUCCAGAUCCUUUCGUUGUCAGCGUGGAUGCCGAUGAUGAGACGCCGUUGCUCUCUCCUUAGCAUGAGGCAGAUGGUGUCGGGGUCGUAGCACAAGAACCCGUCGACCGUGUCAGCUUUCGAUCGUGUGGGUAUUGCAGUUUGCUGAAUGUUUCUAUUGUCUGCUAUUUUGAUGUACAUGCAAUCUCAGAGGCUGCAGAUUUUGAAGCGAUGAUACCUUUGUGUUUGUGUUCAGGUCAUUGAUCCUUU